AUGUCGCCGGUGUUCACAGCCAUCCAUGAGCUUACUCCGCCUCUUCGAAGCCUGAUUCAGUCUCGAGGAAGAAGCCUGCACACGCCUGGGAAAGUCGAACGAAGAAUGACAGACGAAGAUUGCGCUGCAAGCGAAAGUAGACAGCAUUCCGAUGAGCGUAUAUGGUUGGCUUGGGUGGCAGAAAGACGUGAAGCCCGAGCUGCAGGCGAAAGGCAUAAAGCACCUCCCUACGCAGAUGCCGAUAAGUCGGUCUCCGUCAACGUUGUGCGUGAUCUCGACGAAAAAGCGUAA